AUGUCCAAAGACACCUCCACCUCGGACUCCACCUCCACCUCCACCUCCACCUCCACCUCGACCCCCAACCCGUCGACCUCCGCAGCAACAGGCACAACAGGCACAGCAGGCACGACAACCUCCACCACCGACUCCGGAGCGCCCGCGCCGUCGGCUUCCACGGCCAACAGCAGCACCCCCGGCACCACCCAUUCGAACGAUCAUCUGUCCCCUUCCCAACUACGCUCUCGGCUCGAAGCGACGAGGAAGGAGCUGAGGCUCCAAUUGGACAAGAAGCGUAAAGUCGAUCGAGAACUGGUCAGUCCACCCCAGACGAAGCGCAGCUCGACCACCUCUUACCCGCGCACCACUCUGAUCCCGGUUACGUCUCUCGUUCGACAGGCCAAUCUAGAAGCGUCCAUCUAUGGCUUUGAGGGAUCGUACCUCUCCGACGCCUUGUUAUCCAGCACGAUCUCGAACGGCGCGAGCGGAGCGAACCCGGCCUUGACCGGAGCAGGCGUCGGUCAGGCCGCUCAUUUCGGCAACAUCAUCAAAGGCUGUACGUUCUCAAUCCGAACCGAGCUCGCCCCUCGAUCACCCGCUGAUGGGCUUUUCCGAUCGGGUCUCGCAGACGACGCUUACCUCAAAGCGCCUUCCACCUCCACCUCUUCCACCUCCGAUCGCAAACGCUCCCGAGCGAACGAAGAACCCCGACCGGGAGAUCGCAUGUUCUCCAUGUCUUCGGCGACCUACCAAAAAGCAGUCGAAAUGACCGGAGGCGUAGUCGCUGUCUUACCUACCGCGCCGGGGACGACGACGGGAGCGGCGAAAGAGGGGACCCGUAAAGGGGCCGUCGAUAGUGAUGACGAUGGCGAGGGGGACACGACCGCUACGGCAGGAAGCGGACGUGGAACCGGCACAGGCACGGCUGGUGGUGGUGGAGGUGGUGGUGGAUCAAGUAGCAGUGCGGCGAAUCGAAAGAGGAGGAGAUGA